GGGCGCGCCGUGCGGGGGACGCUGAGGCGCGGGCGGGCGCGGCGGGAUGUCGGGGCCCAACGGAGACCCGCACGUGCUGGGCGGCGGCACCGGCGACGACGGCGACGACGGCAGCGACACCUUCGAGGAGGAAGAAUAUGCAGCAAUAAACUCCAUGCUGGACCAGAUCAACUCCUGCUUGGAUCACCUGGAGGAGAAGAAUGAUCACCUACACAUCUGCUUGAAGGAAUUGCUGGAGUCCAACCGCCAGACCCGGCUGGAGUUCCAGCAGCAGAGCAAGCAGCUGAACACGGGAGCUGAUGUGCAGGGAUCCCAGCCUCCUGCCUAGUCUGACCACACACUCUCAGCUGGUGUUGCUAAGGGGACAGUUACUGGCCACCAGUUUAAUGUAAAACUUGAAUAGCAGAGGUGCCUCGUGUCUGUUACGUGUUCCUUUCUGUGUUUGUAUCCUGCCAUUUAUCUCCAUGUUCUGUUUUCCUUUAGCUGUGAGACAGGUGCAGAAGCACAAGGGUGGGUGUAGGAGAGCUGGUUCUUUCUGCUCCCCAACAUGAGCCUGGCACUCACACUUGGUUAAAGCUGGUUGUAGGAAACUUGAGGCCAUGCAGGCAGUUUGCAGGAAAGCCCUCUUCACACAGUAGAAAAAUGAUCUCUGCUCUCUUUUCUUUAAAUCCAAGACAGGAGUAUUAUGGCUCUUCCUCCUUCCCUCAGAAAGCACAGUUAGCAGGGGCUGUCCUAACUCCAGGCUUGUUCCUAUGUGUAAUAACUCUGGAGAGGGAGGGCCUAGGCCAGCUGCUGCCUUAGUCACAUUAACUGUGAUAUACGAAAUAUUGGCACAUGGUUCCAGAUCACUGGACACUUCCACUCCAUUCCAGGCAGAUAAGACAAGCUACCAGGGUGCUGUUUCUGACCAUUGUAACUGGGAGCUGCCCUACUCCUUCAGCUGACAUUAACGACUGAGGAGUGGAAAAAGGCAGAGCAGCCUGGUUAGCCCUUAGCACAGCAUCAGCAAUAGAGAGCAGAGCCCUCCCUGUACAUUCUGACAAGGAACAAGAGGUCUGGUCUGUACCUUGUGAUCUUGUAUGUCCUAAAGCCAGCACUUUUGAAGCAAGUCUUACUGUUCUACUUAUGUAGAGUUAAAGGAGUUUUUUGGAAAGUUAAAGAGGUUAUUUAAAAGAAAUCUGUUUUAUUAAAAUCAGUUUGAAACAAAA